GGGAGGCGGGAGGCGGGGCCGAGCCGGAGCCGGAGCCUGAGCCGCCGGUGGCCGCGGAGGCGGUGAUGUCGGUGCAGGUCGUGUCAGCCGCGGCUGCCGCCAAGGUGCCUGAGGUGGAGCUGAAGGACCUGAGUCUGUCCGAGGUGGAAUCGCCGCUGGUCCUGAGCGCGGCAGCGGCGGCCGUCAACCCCAUGGCUCCCCCGGCUCCCCCGGCAGGCGGCGGGGACCCCGAGGCUCCGGCUCCCGCCGCCGAGCGGCCCCCAGCCCCCGGGCCGGGCUCGGCGCCCGCCGCCGCCGCCGCCGCCGCCGCCGCCGCGCUCAGCCCCGCCGCGGGCAAAGUGCCUCAGGCGUCGGCCAUGAAGCGGAGCGACCCUCACCACCAGCACCAGCGGCACCGCGACGGCGGCGAGGCCCUGGUCAGCCCCGACGGCACCGUCACCGAGGCGCCGCGCACCGUCAAGAAGCAGAUCCAGUUUGCCGACCAGAAGCAAGAGUUCAACAAACGUCCCACCAAGAUAGGACGUCGCUCCCUGUCUCGCUCCAUUUCUCAGUCAUCCACCGACAGUUACAGCUCAGCGGCUUCAUACACAGAUAGCUCUGACGAUGAGACCUCUCCCAGGGACAAGCAGCAAAAGAACUCGAAGGGAAGCAGUGACUUCUGUGUCAAGAACAUCAAGCAGGCGGAGUUUGGGCGAAGAGAAAUUGAAAUCGCUGAGCAAGAAAUGCCUGCGCUUAUGGCUCUGCGGAAGAGAGCCCAAGGAGAAAAGCCGCUGGCUGGAGCCAAAAUUGUGGGUUGCACACACAUCACUGCCCAGACUGCUGUGCUGAUGGAGACUCUGGGUGCCCUGGGGGCACAGUGCCGCUGGGCCGCCUGCAACAUCUAUUCCACUCUCAACGAAGUGGCUGCUGCUCUCGCAGAAAGCGGAUUUCCUGUCUUUGCAUGGAAAGGAGAAUCAGAGGAUGACUUCUGGUGGUGCAUUGACAGAUGUGUGAAUGUAGAAGGCUGGCAGCCAAACAUGAUCUUGGAUGAUGGAGGGGAUCUCACUCACUGGAUUUAUAAGAAAUACCCCAAUAUGUUUAAGAAAAUCAAAGGCAUAGUAGAAGAAAGCGUGACUGGAGUCCACAGACUGUACCAACUCUCCAAAGCUGGGAAGUUGUGUGUUCCUGCCAUGAACGUCAAUGACUCAGUAACCAAGCAGAAGUUUGAUAACCUCUACUGUUGCCGUGAAUCAAUCCUUGAUGGACUUAAAAGGACAACUGACAUGAUGUUUGGUGGAAAGCAGGUGGUGGUGUGUGGCUACGGAGAGGUGGGAAAGGGGUGCUGUGCUGCUCUGAAAGCCAUGGGCUCCAUCGUCUAUGUCACCGAGAUUGACCCCAUCUGUGCUCUGCAAGCCUGCAUGGAUGGAUUUCGACUGGUGAAAUUAAAUGAGGUCAUCCGACAAGUGGACAUUGUUAUUACUUGUACAGGUAACAAGAAUGUGGUAACCAGAGAGCACUUGGACCGGAUGAAGAAUAGUUGCAUCGUUUGUAACAUGGGGCAUUCCAACACAGAAAUUGAUGUGGCGAGUCUGCGGACCCCCGAGCUGACCUGGGAGCGAGUCCGAUCCCAAGUUGACCAUGUAAUAUGGCCCGAUGGCAAAAGGAUAGUAUUGCUGGCAGAGGGCCGUCUGCUAAACCUAAGCUGCUCCACUGUGCCUACCUUUGUGCUCUCAAUCACCGCUACUACUCAGGCUCUCGCCUUGAUAGAACUUUACAAUGCUCCAGAGGGUCGCUAUAAGCAGGAUGUCUACCUGCUGCCCAAAAAAAUGGAUGAGUAUGUGGCCAGCCUACACCUGCCCACCUUUGAUGCCCACCUGACAGAGCUGACAGAUGAGCAGGCCAAGUACCUGGGACUCAACAAGAAUGGGCCCUUCAAGCCUAAUUACUACAGGUAUUAAGUUCCUGAAACUCAAGCCUGAUGAAGUUUUAAGGAACAGAACUCCAAGUCUUUUCUCCACUCCUAUACAGGAAAGAACCCAGCAAGCUGCUUCUUCAAUCAGCUAUCCGCCGAGCUCAUCCUAUAUGUUAGGUUUAUUUAUUUAUUAAAAUCCGGAACCCUGUUCCUAUUGCCUUGGCCCAGAGUGUGGUUACUGCCCCAAGGGCCAGGAAAGCCACAGAAAACAGACUGCAGAAGGAAAGAAAUGGGGCAGCCAUUCCCAGUGCAUCUGUGACAUCAUUCCUCACUGACUGAAUCCUCAGCAGCGGUCAGUUUUAUCUUUUGUCCAGGUUCAGGAGAUAGUCCAGAGAUUCCAGACUCCUUGGGGUAUUCUGGAAUAAAUUUUAGCAACUGCCUUUCUCAGCUUUAGCCUUUUCCCCAGUGAGGCCUUUUAGAAGCCACAGAAUUCGCAUGGCCUGGGCUCUCGGCUUUGACCCUCACUGUCACUGCCUUCUUUAUCAAAUGGCUAGAAAGGAAGGAGUGUUAGGCUUUGGCAAACUACUAUACCAAGAACUCAGCUGUGCCUGUGCUUCCUGGGAGUUUCUCUUCCUUGCCCAGGACUCAUUUCUUCUCCUUGAAUAUGUCCAUUUUCACAUUUUGUGGUUCCAAAAAGAAUGUGCCUCCAUUAUUUCCUCAGCAGCUCUGGUGUUUGUCAGACAUGUGCUUGGCCAUCUUUCUAACCCAGCUAAGAAACUCGGCCCAGGAAGUUGGGGGGGGGGGGGGUGGUCCAGCCCCUUUCCUAGAGUUUUAUUUCCUUUAUUACCUGGAUGCUUUUCCCAGAAUGCUUCCUCCCAAUACACACUCACUGAAAAGGAGGGCUUAUUGAGAAACACUGCUUCCUGCAACUUCCUCUUACAGCCUAAAAUUACUUCUGAAACUGAGCAAGGAAAGGCAUGCUUUCCAAGGCAUCUGGAAUGCGAUAGGGCUUUCUGAACCAGCAUAAGACCUUAAAGAAGCAGAUUACAUUGCUUUUCUCUCCUAGGAUGGGCUUUUUGCAUCUCAGCUGAGUAAGCUUCACAGAGAUGAGAUGGCAAUGUCCGCUAUCCAGAUGAAAGUGUCUAAGGCUAGUCUGACCAGUUUGAACCUUCUCAGACAUUCAUCCCUUUGGGCAUUGCUAUUGAUGAAACAGAGCUAAAGUGUCUGCAAUGUAACCUGUGGUGUUACUUCUCUGCUGGGAAUUCUUUUUAUACUCUGGCCACUUCCUCUUUAGGAUUCUGUGCUUUAAAAGUAGUUUCUCGCAUAAUUACAGCAUUACAAAAACUUAGUAAAGGCUGGAGAGAUUGUACAGAGAUUAAGGUACUUGCCUUGUACAUGCUUGUUUGAUCCCUGGCACCACAUAUGGUUUGCCGGGCACCACCAGGAGUGAUCCCUGAGCACAGACCCAGGAAUAAGCCCUGAACACUGCAAGAUUUGGCUUCUCAAAAUAAACCAAAAAGAUGAAUAAUUUGAGCAGCCUGAAAUUUUAAUUUCCUUCCUGAAGGCUGAGCUAUUAAGGGUUUCACUGAGAUCAGAUUAGUUCAAAGAGUUCAUCUAGAGUGAUCCUAGGAAUUUUGA